UUUAAGGCUUUCGUUCGAGUAGUCAGUCAGUCAGUCUAGGGUUUGUAAUCGCCGUUAACCAUGGCUGUCUCCUCCGCCCUCACCCGUCUCUUCCUCCGCCGUCGACCUUACUCCACCAACUCCUUCCCCUUCCCCUACUCCGCCGCGCAACACCACAACCACAACCACUCUCAUCCUCCUUCCCCUUCCGAUGCUGCAGCAAACUACCAACAUCCCAACGCCGCCGCUCCCCACCCCCAAUUCAAUCCUCAGUACCCUCCCCCCGCCGCCGAUCCCCGAUAUCCCGGCGCCGUCCCAGCCACUACCACCGCCGAUCCCCGAUAUCCCGCCGCCGCCGCUCCUUCCGUCGAUCCCCAACACCCUUCCGAUGCUCCCCCGAACCAAUCCUACUACAGCGUACCAAAUUACCAUUUCAAUCCCCAAUCCCCGCCGGCGCCGCCGCCCUCCCAAUCGUCGUCGAAUUAUCAUCCCAACCCUCAGUUCUCCGCCGCCAACAACCAAUUUCAGUUCCCCAACACCUCUGCCCCCAACAACACUUUCCAAUUUCCCGGUUCCUCUUCCACCACCGCACCCCCCCAGCGCUCGUACGGCUUCUCCUCAGCAGAGGAAGCCGCCGCCGAGCGUCGCCGCCGCAAGCGGAGGCUCCGAAUCGAGCCUCCACUGUUCGCCCUCCGCCCCAAUCCUCAAACCCCUCCGCCCAACCCUGACAGCUCCGACCGGCCCCGCCUACCUGACUCCACCUCUGCGCUCGUAGGCCCUCGCCUGAACCUCCACAACCGAGUCCAAUCCCUAAUUCGCGCCGGCGACCUUGAUGCCGCCUCAUAUAUAGCUCGUCAGUCCGUGUUCCAGUACAUCCGACCCACCGUCUUCACCUGCAAUGCUAUAAUUGCCGCCAUGUACCGUGCCAAGAGGUAUAGCGAUGCUAAAGCACUGUUUCAAUACUUUUUCCGGCAGUUUAAUAUUAUACCAAACAUUGUCUCGUACAAUAAUCUCAUUGUCUCGCACUGUGAGUCCAAUGAGGUAGACGAAGCCCUAAAAGUAUACGAGUAUAUUCUUGAGAAUGCCCCCUUCAGCCCUUCGGCUGUCACUUAUCGACAUUUAACGAAAGGGCUUAUUGAUGCUGGGAGGAUCAAUGAUGCUGUAGGGUUGCUUAGGGAUAUGUUGAACAAGGGCCAUGGUGCAGAUUCUUUGGUGUACAAUAAUGUGAUAAAUGGAUUCUUGAAUUUAGGCGAACUAGAUAAGGCGAACGAGCUGUUUGAUGAGUUGAAGGAGCGGUGCACGGUGUAUGAUGGGGUGGUGAAUGCUACAUUCAUGGAUUGGUUUUUCAAUCAGGGGAAGGCGAAGGAGGCAAUGGAGUCUUAUCGGGAUUUGAUGUCCCGGAAUUACAGAAUGGUGCCUGCGACAAGAAAUGUGUUGUUGGAGACGUUGUUGAGGCACGGGAGAAAGAAGGAGGCAUGGGAUUUGUUCCAUGACAUGUUGGAUGACCACACGCCGCCGACUUUUCAGGCGGUGAAUUCUGAAACCGUUAAUAUGAUGGUGAACGAGUGUUUCAAGGAAGGGAAGGUUGAUGAGGCAAUUGAUGUUUUCAAGAGGUCUGGGAAAGGGCAAAAGUCGAAGCCUUUCCAGAUGGAUGUUGCUGGAUUUAAUAACAUGAUGUUAAGGUUGUGUGAGCUCGACAUGAUGGAUGAAGCCGAGCAGUACUACAAGCAGUUAUGUGACAAAGCAUUACCGGCAGACGUUAACACAUACUCAACGUUGAUAGAUGCAUAUAUUAGGCUAGAAAAAGUCGACGAUAUGUUGGAGAAGUUCACCAAAAUGGUUGAGGCAGGUUUAAGGGUUAUCACUCCUCGUGCCAACAAGUGGUUUGGGUUCUUGAUUGAGAAGGCCCGGGCCUCUGAUUGCCUAUCUCUUCUGUCCAAAAUGCUUGAUAAGGAACCAAAACCAGACGUAACCACUUGUGAUGUCGUGAUUAGGGGCCUCAUCAAGGAAGGAAAUUUUGAUGCCACAACUAAUUUUUUGAGAGAGAUGACAAGCCAUGGAAUUGGCAUGACUGCUUCGCUUAAGGAAUUUCUUUUUGAUGCUUUUGAGAAGUUAGGGCGACGGGCAGAGAUAGAGAGUAUUCUGAACAGGCUUUCAGAUCCCUAUUCACCUCAGAGACAGCCAUACUUAGGACAACAAGGUCCCCAAAGAGUCGAAAGGAGGGCUGAAAUGGCAGCACAAGGAGGAAGAAACCCCUCGAUGCCAUGGCAGUCAGGGGGGUCUUCUACACAAAUGUCAUAUGCAAAUCAACAUACAGGACAGACAUAUCAACCCCAAAUGACCUACCAGAAUCCCGUGCCAGAGCAGGAUGCAGAACUUCCACGCAUUGCAGGUCAUGCUGGUUCUUAAUUUAUUUGAGAAUUUUUACUAUCUAUCAUCGGUUAGUUCUUUUUUUGAAGAAUUGAUGAUCCAGGCAGUGUUGAUUUAUAGGUUUGUGAUCAUUGCUGUCAAUUGCUGUUGUUCACCUAUUAUUAAGUGAUUAUUAUGACCACAUAUACAUGAAAUUUUGAAGGGUUAUUUUUAUAAUUCUUGAGGUGUGACGAACCAAUUUUAACAUUAUUUAUAAUGAUGAUAAAUUCAUAAUUAAUUGCAAUGAUCAAAGCUUCUGUAAGGUAGUUGUUUGGCAGUCAUAAUGUGUUUUUAUUUAUUUAUUUAUUUUAAUUUAAUUCCUUGUUCUUCACAAGACUGCUAUGUUAUAGUAGUAUUAUAUAAUGAUGUUGCAUUUCAGGAUGUUGAUUCAAUUAUGUGAUUUUGUGGUUGGUCUCAUGUUAUUGAAUCUUGUGGUCAACUAUUUAAGCAUAUAUUGCUAGAUUGGUUGAAAUGUUCUUUAGAAUUAUAUAUUUAGAAUUACAAAUCUCAACCCCCUUUAUGCUGUAUUUAUAUAACAUAAAAAAGAUGUUGAUAAUGUUCUCUGAAGUUGUGAUUACUUAGUGAAUUUGUUGAUUAUUUGUUGUUUGGUUGAAUGUUGCAGUAAUAGAUGAGAGUUUAGCCAAAUAUUAUACUUUAUUUUUUUCUCUAAAUUUGUAAUGUUCUUGUAUUUUACUUUCUGUAUCCUCUGAAAUACAUGACAAUGUUGUUUGAGAUC